AUGAUUGAUCUUUCAGUAAUUGCUUGGCGAAUGCCAGAAUGGAUUACUGCUUAUGGAAGACUGUGUACAGACAAUGUUCUAGAUUAUUUUUCACAAUCCCCAUUUUAUGAUCGACAUUCAAAUAAUGAAGUUCUUAAAAUGCAAACACAAUUCAACACAUUAGGAGAUUUUCAUGGCCAUUUAAAGAAAAUGCGGGGAAUUGAAUUUGUAAUUUCAGCAGAAAAAGAUCCAGAUAUAUGGGUCAUCUAUAAACAACACCGAUCAAGCGAAAAUGAUGCAUCCGUACUUGCUGCAUAUUUCGUAGCAAACGAAAGUAUUUAUAUGGCACCAAGUAUUCACUCAGUGAUUUCUUCUCGUAUGUUAAAUAUUAUCUUAUCACUUCGGCAAGCAUUAGCUUCUGUUCAUAAUUUGCAUCAUUUUUCUUCCAUAACUGAAUAUUCAUAUUCAGCACCAGAAGUUCCUUCAAAGGAAAUGCCAAUACAUAAUAUUAAAGCAAAUCAACAUAUGCGCAAAGCACUAAACGAUGCAAUACGGGAAAAAUUGUAUGAUAUGACUCAGAGCAAAGACGAAACAAAGCAAGAACUUCAAGAAAAUAGUUCGGACGAUCAUUUCAAAGCCAAACUUGAUCCUACAUCAACAAUCGUUAAAAAAAAAAAGAAAACAAAAAAAAGUGAGAGUCCUGCAUCUCCAAAAUUAUAA